CCUAAACCUCCGAGCGGUGGCAAACAGUUCGCCAAACAACUGGCCGGCGAUGACUACGAGAAACUCAUUGAAGGCCAGGGCUUUCACAUGAGUUAUGCCGCUCACGGAAAUGCAUCCAAAGGCGGGGGUGGCAAAGAGACCAAUAAUAAUGACAUUUACGAUGGAUUCAAGCGAAGAGCGGAACAGAUAACCAAAGAUCGGGUCAACAAAAUAUCAAAGACAUCGCGAAUGAAUAAGACGGUGGGACUCAUGUUAACCACAUUUGUCGGCUCUGUUUACUUAUAUUCAAUGUUUGCCGUAAAACAGGAAAAGUUUUUGGAUGAGAUCGUAGACAUCGAGGAAUCAAAACAAGUCAACUAAUAAUUGUGUUAUGUUUUACUGUAAACUAUAUUUUU